AUGUUAUGUUUUUGUCAUUCAAUUGAAUGGCAUAAAGGUUUUACUUGUGAUGAGUUCGAUGCCGAAAAAGCUGGAAACGAUGAUUUAGCCUCUGAUGUAACUGUUUUGGCAUUUACGAAGAAGUGCCCAAACGCAUUAUGUGCUACUCCAAUAAUGAAACAUGAAGGAUGUGACGUCAUGACUUGUUGUCGGUUUGGAACUCAUGUUUGUGCUGAGUCGAAAGGUAAUUGUGAUCAUGGAGGACGAAAUUAUUGUGGACAACGAUUUUGUUGGAUUUGUCUUGGAAAAAUUGACAUCGAUAAGAAGACGAAUGCUUUUAUAAGACAUUGCAAAUCAACUUGCAAGUAUUAUGCAUUGAAUUAAUCAAUCUAUCAUAUUUGACGCAAUGAACUUCAUACAAAAAAUUUUAUAUGUUUUAAUCAUUUUUAAAAUUAUCAAAUAAGAUUCAGUAACUUCAUUCUUUUUUUUUAUUAAUGAUUCGAGAAAUAGUGACUAUGAUAAGAAAAUCAAAUUUUCUUCUACCACCCAUCGUACUCGACUGCGCAAGCGCGCGAAAGAGCAACGUCCACA